AUUGCAUUUACAUUCAGACAAUUUAACAAACACAAAAUCCUCUCUCCCCUCAUUUCUCACCUCACCAUCUAAGGUCUCCCGCGGAUACCGUUUCUCUUUUGGAAGUUUUCUCCUCAUAUAAACGUCAAGAUCUUUUUUUCCCACUUAAAAAUCUUUACUUUUCAUGUUUUUCUUCAUGCAUAUCCAGAUCCUGCUACUUGGUUUUUUCAGCAAUAUGUUCUAGCCAUUCAAUUUCGUACCUCCCCCAAUUCAAUUAACCUAAAGGGCGUCUUUGUUUCCAAUCUUUCUUCAGUAUGUUGUAUAAAUAUAUUCCGGAGCUUAGCUCGUGAGCAUGGCCGUCGCCUACCCACGUUUUUUGGUACCCGAAACCCACGCAACGGUCGAGCCACCAACGCUGAUGGUCUCCUCCACCGCCCCUCCUCCGCGCCCAUCUGCCACCCUUACACAGGAUGAUUUAAAAAAGAUUGCUGCUUAUAAAGCCGUGGAGCAUGUGAAAUCCGGCAUGGUAUUAGGCCUCGGCACUGGUUCCACAGCCAAACACGCCGUGGAUCGUAUUGCGCAGCUGUUACAGCAGGGAAAACUCAAGGACAUUGUGGGCAUACCCACUUCGACGAUAACACAUGAGCAGGCCGUUCGGUUGGGUAUUCCUUUGUCGGAUCUCGAUUCACAUCCUGUUGUUGAUUUAGCCAUUGAUGGGGCGGAUGAGGUCGAUCCCGGUUUGAAUUUGGUUAAAGGGCGUGGGGGGUCUUUGUUGAGAGAGAAAAUGGUGGAAUCCGCCUGCAAGAAAUUCAUUGUGAUUGUUGAUGAAUCGAAAUUGGUGAAACAUGUUGGGGGCAGUAGAUUGGCUAUGCCAGUGGAGGUUAUUCCAUUUUGUUGGAACCAUUCGCUGAAGAGACUUGUGGCCUUGUUUGCUUAUGCUGGUUGCGUUGGGGAGCUCAGGAAGUCUGGUGAUGGUGGGAAGGCGUACGUGACUGAUAACGGGAACUAUAUCAUUGACUUGUAUUUUGAGAGAGAUAUUGGGGAUCUGAACAAAGCCAGCGAUGCAAUUUUGAGGCUUCCCGGUAUAGUUGAGCACGGGAUGUUUAUCGGAUUGGCCACCUCUGUGAUUGUGGCUGGUGUUGAUGGGAUCACCGUGAAGACUAAAGUCGGGAAUGAGUUGAAGGUGGACUCAUUUUGUUACAAUGAUUUGAGGAACGGAUUUUAGUUUGACUUGCAUCUUAGAACUUUAUGUAGCUCUAUUGGGGAAGGAAGCUAUAUAUUGAGUUGGGGGAGUCUUGAUUGAUUUAUUGAUGUAUCAGGGGAGAAUUUUAGGUGCUCCUUAUGGAUCAAUUCAUAUCGAUUAUUGGAAGUUCUGAAUCUUGUGAUUGGUACAAUACCUGAUUUUAUGAAAUAUUAUUUACAAAGUUUUGGAAUUCCA